AUGCAGAAUUUAAGUCCAAUCCCCAAACUAGCCCACUCAAGAGCCAUAUCAUCAAUUGCCUCAGGUAAUUUUGCCAGUGAAAGUGGAUCAUCACUAAGAAGUUCGCCAUCUCAUACUUAUGAUUCAUCAACUUUUGAAUUUUCACCAAUAAAAGAAAAUGAACCUUAUGUUACUGAAUCGAAUGCAUCAUAUGUCAUUUCCAAUGAAUUGAGCAUAAUGGAAAAUAUGAAUCGAACUCCACCAGCUAUUCCAGAAAAGAAGCACGGAAUGAAGCAUCCAGUUCCAAAUCGUUUAUUAAUUGUUGAACAAUCAUUGACAGAACUACAGAAUGAAUUAGUUAGUUUUAUUAAUCUUAAUUCAUCAAAAUUCACAGUAUUAAAUUCUUCAACUGCAACUAUAACGCCUCCAGCUAAAUCAGUUUCUCCAACUCCUGCAUUAGCUAUUAAUAAGCAAGAUAAAGUACACUCUAAAGGGAAAACAAUAAACCCAGAAAAAGCAUUACCCAAGCCACAUUCUACUAAAACACUUACUCAGAAUACUAAGAUGCAGUCUAAAUAUGGAGAUUUGGAAAUCUCAAAUAAACAUCUGGUAUAUUUGGAAAAGUUAAUAGAUACUCUUACAAAAUUAAUGAUAGAUAUGAUGCUUGAUCCAGUUAGAGUAAAAGAAACUUUAAAGAGGUUGAACGAUGCAACGAGAAUACUAGAAGGUUUUUAA